UCUCUGCAACUAAAGCAAAUAUGUCCACAAACAGCACCAAAAUUUAGCACCCUUCUUCUGAGGACUUAAAAUUGGAUCACACUGGUUUAUUGCCUUUCAAUUUAAAUUCCUUCCAGGUGUUUCGAAGACAUUUACAGUUUUGAGCAGAGCUAAAAACGUCGUUCUCUCGCCCGAUUACCGCAGUUAUCUUAUAUUUAGAUCUGGAAUUUGUGCACGUGUUCCAGCACUUUCCAGUCUUCGUUCACCUUGUGUGCAAUCGAUCAUGUAUGUCAACAUGUUAUAUUAGCUGCAAGUUCACCACUCCAUCAAGAGGCUGGUAAUCUGUGUUUAAUAGGUUCCUGGUGUUUGUUUUAAUUUUCCUGUUAAAUACGCAGGCUUAAUCAUUAAUUUCCGGUAUUUGCUGAAACUAUGGAGUGGUUCAAUGUACGAAGCGGAGACAGACCACCUGAAGAUAGCGUUCAGUAUAUUAUCGACGACUGCUUCCAAGGAAAUUGAUGUCAUUUAAGCUUCACUUUCAAAACGUGCGUUUUACGACAAAAUUGGGAAACGGACAGCGUACACUUUUACUCAAAUGCUUUUGAAACAAACAAUGAUAAUACACCCCUCAUUUUGUGUGGUCUGUGAAGGAUUUCCUUUUUUAAAUUAAAGAUACAUUUCAAAAGUGAAAUGUCACUGUUUUUCCAAAAGGGACUCAAUAGAGGAGUGAGCUGUGACGCAAUGUUGUCAAAGGUGUAUUUAAAAUAACAUCAACAAAAGGCUAUGUCAUAGUUCCACCAAGGCAUGAAUAACUGCACCCCUCACAAACACACCCACACCUACCGACCUCACAGAUUUUUCCGACGAUCUUUUCUGCUGUUUUCCUCACUUGCAUUUGUUAGUAUUUUUAAUUACACAGUACUUGAACUUGAAAGUUGAAAGGAUGAACUUGAAAGGGUGAUGUUCAAGCUUCCUUCAAAUCUCGGCAGUGCAUGGACGGAUUUUGCUCGAACUCUGAAUAGUAUUAUUAGCAUUUUGCAUUGUUCGUCGGCACUGUCUAUAGAAGCUCGCCAGUCGCCACACCCCUACUGUGAAUCAUAAACAUUUCCGAUGUUGACGAUCUUUGGAAAAGCCUUCAAGAUUUCGAUAUUGCUGGGUAAAAGGCUUAAGUUAUUCAAAUUCUUACGGGCGUGACACAGGGACAAAUGGAUUUGAGUUAUUUUGGAAUAAAAGUAGAGGAAAUAAAAGCAAGUCUGAUAUCUAAAUGGAUCGAUGACGUGUCGCUGGCUCUGCAAUCGCUUGAACAGGUCCAAAGGUUAAAGCUUGCGCCCCUGAAAAUACGAAAUACAGAUGGAUAUGUAGAUGACUUGAAACUUACAGGCAAACAGUAUCAGAUCUGAAGCCUAACUUGUGUAUCGACGAGCUGUGCCCGUCAUUGUGUUGUAAUGAGCAAACACCAGUCCUGGGCAUUACCAGUCAAAAGGCAGCGUUUAUAUCGAGUUUGUAGUUCAUUGUGGUCUUGCAGCCAGAAUCGGCAUGAUCUUCAAUGUAUUUCGAUUAAGACAUGUGCAUGUACAUGUAUAGAUUACUCGCUGCUGGUAUACAAGGAGUAAAGAGAGAUUUAUAUCGACCAUUGUUACAUAGGAUUUUGAUGAAAACUGGUUUAGAAGACAUCAGACACUUUCCGCGGGUCUGAGUGCAUGCGGUAACUCUUCAUGAACUCAUUAGUAAGGGUAUCGAAGUUAAUGUUAAAAACGACAUCGGAGGUUGCCCAGUACAGGACAACCUUAAUUCUGACGAUGUUGGGGUUCGGAAACGCUUUAGUGAGCUUCUCCAUUGUGAUAAUGGCUUGAUCAUGUCCUACAUUGGCAUCGCAUGCUGAAAAAAUGAGUAACUCCAUGACGACGGAAGGGCCGGAUGACUUGAAGUUGUCGGUCCCGUUCCAUGUAGCUCGCACAUGUGGUAUCGUCAUGGUCUGCGUGCCGACUAUCGUGGGGAACUCCCUGUCCAUCAUCAUAACCCACCGAGUCAGCGAACUGGCCGAAAGCACCAAGGUGCUGAUGACCUGCCUGGCGGUCUGCGAUCUCAUCAUCGGAGUGUUGGGCGUUGCGCAUGUCGUGGCGUCUGCCAUGAAUUUCUGGCCCUUCGGCCAGGGGUUCUGCAUGGCCCACGCCAUCCUCACCUUGUUCUCGGUCACAAUGUCCAUUGUGUUUAUCACCUUUUUGAAUGUAGAGCGCUACGUCGCUGUCACCAUGCCUCUACGUUUCCCCUCCCUUUUCCAGAGGCAAAGAGUCAUUGUUGUAGUAACUAUUGGGUCUGUUUUCUGCCUUCUGGUGACUGCUUCCUUCGUUUGCUUUUAUGAAAGGCCAGUAGUCUUAUUAAACACCGCUGCUCUCUUCUGCAAUUUUGACUUUAGUAAUGUACUCUUGAGAAUGGCAAUGCUGUGCUUAUGGGUUGUGACACCACUGAUCACAAUUUCGGUGAUGUACUACCGACUGAUCCGAAUAAGCCGAUACCAUGCACGCCGUAUCCAACCCGGCCAGCUGGUCCGCGUUGGGGCAGAUUUACAAGGCGCCUUGGUUCACGGCUCUGACCGCAAGGCGCUUCGGACAUUCAUCGCGGUUACGGCCGCCUUUGCUUUUUGUUGGACACCCUACACCGUUUCGGGGGCCUACGCGGCCCUAUCCGGGACGGCUCUCUCCGAGUUGCUAGAGCUGGUAGUAUUUUGGCUAGCGGCAAGUAACAGUUUUCUGAACGUGUUCAUAUACUGCCUCUUCAACCGGCCAUUCCGAAAGACUGCCAAGAAAUUCAUCGGCAAGAAACUGCGGGAAUGCGGCUGGCGUUGCUCGACGAUGCCGAGGCAAAUCAGAUGUGAAGUCGAAGACGAAGUUGACCCAGCAUCUUAGGAGACGUUUAAAACCGUACAAAUCUUCAUCCUUUCAAAAACCACCAGGGCAAGGGAUUGCAUUAUGGGAAUAUCUCCUCGCACGAUCUCAGCAUUUUUGUGGAGUUUCCGAACUUCAUUCACAUAAUAAAUUAACUACAGAUCGUACAUAUUGACGGACGGAGGUGUAAAAACUAGUUCCCCGAGUUUGAAGCUAUAUAAUGCACAAAUGCGUGUACAUGUAUGUCCCAUUUGGAUUCCAUCCAUCGUUGCGGAAGAUAGAACCGGCCAUUGGUGGGAAAACCAGACAUAGUGUUCAUCUGUAACUAUUUAGGCUCUCUUCUCAAAACGUUUCAAAGUGCUGAGUUAUUUCACACAGUUUUGUAUGUAACCUUUUACCAUGUCUGUGCUUUCAAAACUAUUGUCUUAGCAAAACAGGAUUUUCGAUUGCCUUCUUUGGUAUUAAAAUCUGAAAAUGAACUUGAGAGACAGGCUGGAAUAAACAGCUAAUUUACACUUCACGCGAAUGGAAAUAGAUAACUGGUGACUUCAUGUCGAGUGUUCACAGAAUUUGAACAUUCAUUGGUUCAUAGUUAGUGCGAAUGCGAACACAAGCUCGAAUUGACGUGAAAACAAGUAUUCGCUCUGCGAAAUCACAAAAGUUGAACACAUUUCAACUUUACCAAUAUUUUGCUGUGAAUCGUGCCUGACAUAUUUGCCUUGCUUUCACAUUCGCCUGCAGUAUGCAUAAACCGGCCUUAAAUUCACUUCGCUUUCGUUUUCUUGCUGUAAAAUUAGUCGUUGUCUUCCCAACAACUUUGCUGGUACACUGUCAUUUGAAAAGUUGGAUAGAAUUAGUCCAACCUCGAUCCUAAUAUUGAGUAAUACACCAACUGCCUACACAGAUGGUCUUUUUCUCCCCAACAUGGUUGGUGCUCAGAAUUUUCCAGCGGUUGGGUUAACAAAGGUGCCCAAUAUUUAGGCACAAUAAUUAACGAAUGAUUGGUCUUGUAAAAGCUUUGAAAUAAACCAUAAUUUUACUAGGUAGGCUAUGACGUGUGAUAUUCUGCGAACGAGGGAUCUGGAGGAAUCUUGUUUUCAAGUAGUGACACUAGCCUAAUGUAGGUCAAUUCUAGUAUACUUACACUGAACAUGUGUAUAGUCCUUGUGUACGCAGUCACUGUAACUCUCUAAUAUUAAGAUGACAUUACUUGAUGCAUCAGUUCGCCACUUGUCAGGAAUCACAGUGGGUACAUGAAUUGUGCCCUAUUCUGAUGUUUAGGCUUUCUUUGUAACCCCCAAUUUUUCCUCGAGACUGCUGUUGGUCUGAAACAGGAUCUUAUCCACGAAAGCACAAACAAUCACCACAGCAACAUAAAAGAUUAAAUAUAUGUAGAUUCUAAUUUAGCGAAUUUUGUUCGACGAAAUGAAGCUCCGCCCUGUUGCAUCUACUGCCAACAUUCAGAAUCUCAUUAUCCAGUCAAGUUGAGGUAUGGUAACUAAAUAGGAAAUCAUUUUCCCCAAUAAAUGAAUGCAAAUUUACCCAUCAUAAAAAUGGACAGUUUUUGUACGCAGGUAAACAAUCAUCUAGUGUUGCGUAGGUCUGACCCAGUAUCUGGUAAAAUAAUUUUUACCCAACGUUUUUACCCAACUCUUUAUGAGUGUAAAGAGCAAGUUACUUAUCAACGCACGUG